AUACUCAGCCAAUCAAAGAAGCGAUUCUCUUAGCCAAUCAAAUCAAGGCGCGCUGGAUAUAAAAUCGAAGCUUGUCAUAAUUUAGUUAUCUAGGAAAUUCUAUUUCUGAACGAUUCAAAAAAAUGGCUCGUACUAAGCAAACUGCCCGUAAAUCUACCGGAGGAAAAGCUCCCCGAAAACAACUUGCCACCAAGGCAGCACGUAAGAGUGCCCCAGCAACUGGUGGAGUCAAGAAGCCUCAUCGUUACAGACCCGGUACCGUCGCUCUUCGUGAGAUCCGUCGUUACCAGAAAUCAACCGAGCUGUUGAUCCGCAAGCUGCCCUUCCAGCGUCUGGUCCGUGAGAUCGCUCAGGACUUCAAGACAGAUCUUCGAUUCCAGAGCUCAGCUGUGAUGGCCCUUCAGGAGGCUAGCGAAGCUUACUUGGUUGGUCUGUUUGAAGACACCAACUUGUGCGCCAUUCACGCCAAGAGAGUCACCAUCAUGCCCAAGGACAUUCAGCUUGCCCGCCGAAUCCGUGGAGAGAGAGCUUAAGUUCUCAGCACCAUAACAAAACAACGGCUCUUUUAGGAGCCACCACAUGACUAAAAAGUCUGUGAAUCAAUAUGCUGUACUUCUCYCUUUCAAAAUAACUAAAAAUAUUACGAUAUAAAAAACAAAUACUAAGAACAAAGCAAGUGACUCCCUUAUAUAGCUUCCUGAAAAACCUCUGCCUUGGAAGUAAACUCAUUCCCAUAACUACAUUCUCAAUCGUAAAAUUUGCUUCUAACGUCCUUUUUCCACUACAAAAUGUGUGUGUAAGCUGAGGAAAAAAAUCUUACCCAAUGUCAUCUGAGACUAGAAAUUACAUAAAAUAGACUUCGGUGAAUUUAUUUGCGCGCCAAAGWCUAACGACGUUUCAACCGAAUUUCAGUUUACGAAAGGCGCCAAAAUCAUUUCUGUUCAUUUAUGAACUAUGAAUUCUUUUACAGCUUAUUAAAAGAAACCUGUGGUCCCCUUA